CAUGUUGCUGGGCAAUCGUAUGACUCAGUUCAACUCACGCUGCUUUGUUAACUACAUGUACGUCAAACGACUUCGGUUAUGAACCGUUCGCGUAAAAAUAACGACUCUUGACUCUUGAAUUAACCACUAAAACCAUCAAUAAACAAUCCAGAAAUACUUAAUGAUGACCCCCCAAUCUACACCCGUUCUGCACUACACAAAACAACCCCUUCUCCCUCAGAACAAUCAUGUGACAGUUUUUAACCCUAAGAAAACGAGAAAAGUUAAAAGUGACAGUAAAAAGAAAAUUAAGUGUGUGAUAGUUGGAGAUCAAGCUGUUGGGAAAACCUCUUUGGCUGUGUCCUAUAGUAAUGAUAGCUUUCCAAGUGAAUAUAUACCUACGGCUUACGAUAAUUAUAACGUUCAAGUGCAGGUGAAUGGUAAGCCUGUGAGGGUAGAGCUCUGUGAUACAGCUGGAGAGGAUGAACUCGAUCCACUUCGGCACUUAUGCUACCCAGGCACCGAUGUUUUUAUGUUAUGUUUCUCAAUUGUUAAGCCUCACUCGUUCUUCUCCGCAUGUUCUCGAUGGGCCGACGAACUCACCAAGCAGGAAGCUGCCGUAGUCCUUGUUGGAACUCAAGCAGAUCUUAAGGCUAAUGUAGAAGUCCUAAAUAGGCUUAGACUGUACGGUCAAAGGCCUGUGAUGCAAUCUGAAGCCAGAGGUUUAGCUGAAAGGUUAAAUGCACCUUAUAUUGAAACAUCGGCGCUAGCUUGUACACAGUUGAAAGAAGCCUUCGAUACUGCCAUUGUGAUAGCUUUGGAUAGACAGAAACGGAAAACGAGACCUUGGAGGAAGCUACUGUGUUGUAUCCCGUGAUUUUUACGUUUUUGAGGAAGUAAAUUUCGUUUUUGUAAAUAGUCUAAAAACAUCUCAGAACGGUUAUUGUGUUUAGAAUUGAUAAAACUUAUAACCAAAAUCUCCGAUUAUUAGUUAAUUUAUAAUAUUUUAGCUAUAAUCUUUGGUAAGUAAGUCCAGAAAUACAUUCGUGAAAUAGAACAAAAUAUGGUUACUAAGCAAUAUCAAGCAUUUUCUUGGUUAUAAGGCAAUAGUAAAUAAGUAAUUAGACUUCGUAAGUCCUAGGGUUUCACCCAAAGUAAUCGAAAGUAGAACUGGAAGUCGAUAUUUGAACUCUUCGUGUAACUUUGCGUCGAUUGAUAUACGAUUUCACUAACUUUGAGUCAUUUUAACUAAACUUUGGGUCAUAAUUGUUUAAACAGAAAUGACUUGAAAUCCGGAACAAAAGAUUCAAACUCGACUUUUCAAUAAGCUUCGUUUGAUGUGUAACAUGUAGAUACUUUUUCUGCGAUUAUAACAUGGCACUUCCGGUUAUAACUUUUUAACCGGAAAUAAUAUAAAAACCAAAAGUAUACAUUUGUUCUCAUCUUGCUAAGGCACGUCGAAUCAUAUAUCGCUUAUACUAUUUCGGUGACUAUAAAACAGUACUUCCGGUCAUAUUUCAUACCGUUAGAACCAUCCUUGGAUUAUAAGCUUUUAUUCAACACCUCAUUUGUCAUUCUACCUAGUAUAAUGACUGGGAAGUUGAGUUUACCGACGAACAGACAGACGGGCGGACAGACGGACGUGGAUAAUUCAAUGUUUUCACAUUUUUUUAAAAUUGGAUAAAAACAAUAUGUCUUAAUUAUUGACAGAGUCAUUUUAGGAACAACUCGAGUUUCUUAUGUGCUGUUAUUCUUUUUUCUGUUGAUAGUGUUGAUACUAUAGACUCGUGCUAUUGUUAUUAACGUUAUUCGGUGCUUCUCUUUUGGUAUAAGUAUCGUCGUGAUAAUGGCUCGUAUAUAGAAGUGAGCAUGUAAUUUAUACUCCAAAUGUUGGAGACAUACUCCACUCUAAAGUUUAAAAAUUAAAUAGAGAGUAUCUACUCUUAUGCACUGUGAGUAAAAACUCAUCACAUCAACAUAUUUUUAUUCAUAUGAAAUGGAGUAUAAAGUUAUACUUUAUGCUCAUUCUCAUGAUAACAUACUCGGAGUUUAUACUCCGUUUUUAUUCAUACCAGCAAUUAUCUCUCCAGGUCAUAUAUUAUUAAGGUUGCGUCCAUCCACAAAAUGUUUGCGAUUAUUCUGUAAUAAUCCUUUUCCAAGUUAUUUUCAGCUAUUCUUUCUUUACUGCACUAUACUGAUAAAGACCAGUUAUUGUCAGAAUUGUUGCAAUUGUAGCUUUCCGUGUUUGUUUCAUACUUUUUUGAUCUUAUUUUUUUUAGCUUUAAUACAAGCUAAAAUAUAAAUGCGUAUUAGAAAGAGGUUUUGUAUAUUAUUUAACAACAUACAUAUAACUAUACCUAUGUUAUAAAAUCACCUUUAUCAUUCUCAAAUUUUCCUUUAUUUUUUCUAUGGAUCUUAUCACCUUGAUGGUACUUUUAGUUGUUUUGUUUAAUUAGUUCAAAAUAUCUCAUUUAUAGGAGUUUUAGAUAACUGUCGAGACAUGACGCAUAAUGACGCAAAAACGCUUUUUUAUACGAAUUUUAUUCCUUGUUUUAAAAAGGUAGAUAGAUAUUUUUAUUUGCAUAUGUCAAUAACCUUUGCUUAGAAUAUUUUUGUUUGAUGUUUUUUGUCACUAAUUUAAUUUUUUGUUGUUUUUUUUUGGUAACUUCAGUUUUUGAUUUAUCUAAUAGCAUAAUUGUUGCAAUUGUAGCUUUCCGUGUUUGUUUCACACUUUUUUGAUCUUUUUUUUGGCUUCAAUACAAGCUAAAAUAUAAAUCCUUAUUAGAACGAGGUUUUGUAUAUUUAAUAACAUACGUAUAAUAUUAUGUUAUAAAAUCAUAUACCUAUGUUUAUAAAUAAUCAUUUCGUUGUAAAAUGAUACAAGAGCCUUCUUAUUCUAAUGAAACAAGAGCCUUCAAACCUGUAUGGAGACCAUUUUUCGUUGGAAUUUUACCGCGAUGAACAGGCGAAAAGUGAGAUGCAACUUUUAGAUCUCUCUCAGCCUUCUUUGCUCCGGCAAUUCAUUGGUUUGCAAAUUUUAGAAACCACGAAAGUGUUACCAGAAAAUUGGUUUCAAUAAAGUUUAAUUUUUGAUAUUAUUUUAAUUUUAUUAAAAAUAAAACUUUCGCUUGUCUUAACCAGAUGUCGCCACGACAUCCAUACCAUCAUGUUAUUUUCGUGUGAAUCUAUACUCGCAGCCCGAUUUUUAGUUUGUUCAGAGAUAAUCAAAUAUGCUCUCUCUGAUAAUAACCUAAUAAGAUUUGAAACCGGUUAGGGUGGUUACGAUGCUCUCUGAACUAACUGAAAAAUAAAACAGCUCCUAUUUCGUUUUACAACCAAACUGUUAUUUAUUCUUAACAAUGCUUUAUUAAAAAACAUGAUUAUGUACCUACUGUUCUGUUAAACCGGGUAAGUAUUUUAUUCUAUCAGCCUUGCGACAUCCAAUAUUGGAUGUAGGCCUCCCCUUCGCUCCUCUAUAUUUCUCUAUCUUGAGCCAUGUGCAUCCAUUUUGAGCCAAAUUCUCUUUUCUUCAUGUACCAUGUCCUUUCAGAACGUUGGUUACCAUCAUAGUUAUCUUAAUUUUAUUCACUGCCACCCUAAAUAGCAUGCUUGUAUCAACACCAUACCAAUCUCGCAAGUUCUUCAACCAUGAGGUUCUUCUUCGUCCUGCGGACUGCGUUUGCCUGCUAUUUUUCCUUGCAUGAUAUUUUGUAGCAACCUAUAUUUGGGGCCUCUCAUUACAUGUCCGAAAUACUCCAGCUUUCUCUGCUUGAUGCUUUUUAUGAUCUCAGUGGUCUUGCUGAGACGUUCUAGUAUUGUAUAGUUUCGAAUCUUCUCCACCCAGGAAACUUUUUAAAAUUCUUCUAUAGCACCACAUUUCGAAAGCCGAAAGGCGAUUUAGAUCGAUUUUAUUCACAGUCCAGGCCUCGACACCAUAAAGUAAGACCGAGAACACGUAGCAGCGAAGUAGGCGGAUCCUCAAUGCCAAUUUUAGGUCUCUGUUACAUAACACCUUGGACAUCCUUCUAAAAGCGGCUCUAGCCUGCUCUAUCUUAGAUCUAAUUUCGCCGUGACUUUCUGCGUUACAAUUUAAUUGCUGUCCAAGGUAAACGAUUUUAUCAACUUGCUCAAGUUUGGUAUUAUUUACAUAUAUAGACGGUUUUAUAUGCUGUUGUUUACUUAUUACGAGCACUUUGGUUUUCCGUAUGUUCAGAUCCAGACCUGCCUCCCUACAACUCUCAACGACACUAUCAAGUAGUGUUUGCAGAUCUUCUUGACUAGAAGCUAGGAGUACUGUAUCGUCCACAUAUCGCAAAUUAUUGAUGACUUAACCGUUCACAAGUAUUUCUUCUUGUUUUUCAGAAAGUGCUUUUCUGAAAAUUCUUUCGGAGUAAACGUUGAAAAGCAGGGUUGACAAGAGGCAUCCCUGCCGUACUCCUCUGUUAAUAUUAAGAGCCUGUGAUUCCACACCAUCUACUAAAACUGAUGUUGUUUGAUUCCAAUAUAAAUUUGCAAUUAUUCGAACAUCUCUGCCGUCCAAGCCAAUGUCUUUUAGAGCUUCGAUCAAUAUAGAGUGCUUAACACGAUCAAAUGCCUUUUGGAAGUCAAUAAAACAACAGUAUAUGUCUGCAGUAUAAUAUGUCUACCAAAAUUAUGAGCCAAAUUAGUAACAAUUUUUAGUGUAAAUGAUAUACCUACAUUGAAAGUAAAUGUAUUAGCUAAACCUAUAAUGUAAUUCCAUCGCAGUACCACUUAAUUUAAAAACAAUGGUUUUCCUGUCAACUAAGGAACUAAGGAAGUACGCACAAACAGUAUUAAUUUCACUAGCUUCGCUUGCUACAUAAAAAUGGCAAGUAUUGCAUGAAAACAAUUUAUUUACUUAGCGGCCAUAUUUUUUUCGAAGUACCGAAUGCCGUGUUAUUUAUUUCUAUUUAGUAAAUAACGCUAUAGCAAUUGUAGGCUGUAAAAUAUUUGUAGUCUCUCUUUAUUUUUAGUUUUUAGUAUCUGACUGAAAUCCUUCCAUGUAUUGUGUUAUUUAUUCUAAGAAAUUUGACUGUGCUCAUCUAUACCCUAUUCCACGAAUAUACGACUGUUUUGGAUUAUCGCGACAACGAAUAUUUUACCAAAAAAUAUAGACGUGAGUAUUAUAUUCGUUGGAGAGUAUUAUAUUCGUUGAUUUUACUUUGAAAACUAUGAAGAACGAAAGUAAAUUGCAAAGUACAUUGUUGCUUAUUGGAAUAAUUAUCAUUAGAGCAAUUUACUUUCAUACUUCUUAUGUUGGACACUAAAAUAUUCGUUGUAGCGAUAAUCCAAAACAGUCGUAUAUUCGUGGAAUAGAUAAUAAAUAAUAUUGUAAUAGAAGAUACAGUUCGUGGAAACUGUUUGUAAACUGUUUAUGGAGUUGGUGGUUACUUGAUGCAAAUUCAUGUUUAAUAAUGUAACAUAAACAAGACACUGUUUUUAAUUUUCAAAGAAUAUAAUAUGAGUCAACUUGACAACUUGACAUAGGUACAAGCUUCUUCAGAAGAACGAAGAAUGAUAAUAAUUUAUAAACGAAUGAAUUGUAAUCUAAACAUUUGCUACAGGGAUUUUCCCAUUGAUUUUGUUUUAAAUAUUUGUAUUUAAAAGAGAGGCUUUUUUCAUUAUAACUACACUCUUUAAUCCUAUAAAACUACUUUAUAGGCCAUACUUUCUACCAUAUUGGUUAGAUUGUUGCCGGCCUCCUGAUAUAUAAUCUACUAGGUAUAAAAAAAUCUUUAUGUCACCAAUUUAUUUAAUUUUUGAUAAAUAAUUACUUUCCUAAAAUUUUAAUUGAAAAUUGCAGAUUUUUUUUGGAAAACUCGGAUUUUCCGAGUAAAAUUUUUGUUGAAGGAAAUCGGAAAAAAAUAACAUUGUGCAGAACUAAAAUGCGGGGAAUUUUUAUUUGAGUGUUUUUGGUUUAAAGGAAAAAUCUUAGGAGUUACAGAGCACUAAUUGAAAAAAAAAAGAAGAUUUGGGAGUGCUAAUUUGUUUGUAAAUAAUAUAACACAUUUACUUGGUAGUCAGCGUUGGCCUAAGAUAGUUGAUUAAGUUUCCUGGUAGGGCUUCACCAUGUUCCCGGAGGUUAUAUCUUGUAACAUCGGCGUUUAGCCUGUUUAAUACUACUUUUAAAUAAUGUAAAUCGAAUUAUAAAUUCAACCAUUGUUUAAUACUACUUUUAAAUAAUGUAAAUCGAAUUAUAAAUUCAACCAUUGUUUGGUUCUGGGGCUAUUUAGCAAGUAUUCAAAUUCACUGAUGAUGGACCGAUAGGUCUGAAAACGUUCUGAAUUGGACACAUUUUAUUCAAUCCAUUGGGAUUUUUAAAACUUUUAAUAAAUAUACCAAUUACAUAGAAGUAGUUUUUACUUCAUGUUAGAGUUUUUUAUUAUAACACACUUUCUGCGGACUUGUCAUACCCCAUAUUACUAUGCAAUCUUAAGAUUCGAUUUUAGCAAUAAAAUAGCUGGUAAAUAACUUUUCCCAAAAUAACAUUUUUUCGAUAAUUUGCCCAGACUUUCAACAAAGGUUGUGGUGGUUGCAUAGCCAAUAAAUCUAAUAAACAGGAGGACCAGCCCAAAUUCUGAGCAGUGUCAAAAUGAUAACGUUAAUAUCCCCAGUGGGAACUAAUAUCGAAAUGAAUAAGAAUCGCUAUAAAUUGCACCUGUCAUGGCGGAGUCGAAAUUAAAUUGCGACAUCGAAAUGAAUUAGAAUCAGGCCCCUGAUGAGCAGUACCAAAGGCUUUUGUAUCGAAUUUCCAUAAAACUACUGUAGAUGAGUCCCUUCCUGGGCACCAUGUGUCUCGGAGACCAUUGACAACUUAAUAUUCGUGUUCAGCGAUCCCAAAACUAUCCCAGUAACGAGUUUGCAGUAAUUUUGUAUAGAAUUUCUAAAAAACUCCAGUAGGUGAUGCCUGAUCAUGAUAUUCGUGAUCAGCGAUCCCAAAACCUCCUAAUUUUCACUGAUACCAUCGCCACUUAUGAUAUUACUUAUUAUUUGUGAUCGGCGUCCCCAAAAACCUCCGAAUAGUGAGUUUUCACUGAUUUUGGAUCGAAUUUCCGUAAAACUUCCGACGAGGCCCAUUAUGACCACCAGAUGCCUAGGAUACAAUCAUCGUCAUGAUAGUCGUUCAACGAACCCAAAACUCCCACACAUUUUGAGUUUAAACACAUUUCUUUCAAUUAUUUCCUAAUUACAAAAGUAUCAUUAUUCAUCACUUCGAAAUGACUUUGGAACAUGCAUUUUCCUUGUUCACUAAUGCGAUUUUUCAUUUCGUCAUCAUCGUUUUUAUUCACAAAGUUUCUUAGGGUCUUACGAAUCGAAUGCAAAAAGUUUCAUUAAAGAUUCAUCCAACUGCAAAAAUAAAUAUCUGUGGCAAAAAGUUUAUCUAAUGCCAUUCCCUCUUUGUGAACACACACACAACUGCAAAAAUUUCGUAGAUUUGUUGCUUCAUUUCCUUGCCUGUUUAUAAUGUUUUUGUUUACACCUUAUUCACCUGAAGUUUAUAGACUCAUUCUGUCAGUUGCUGUUUUUGUUUUCGUAAUUCAUUGUAAACAAUUUGAGAAAAAUGGUAAUCUUUAUUUCAAUUUUACUAUCAAAAAUUGUUUGUUAAACAGUUUAAAUCUAUUAUAGUAUUAUACAGAGCCAGUCAAUUAAUAAUUAUAGUGUAUGUAAACAGUUACUUCCAUUUUGUGAUAAAAAAAUGAUUAGCAGCAAUCUUUGAAUUAAUGUAAAAAUAUCAUUGUUUUAAAAUUAUUUUACACUAAUCAAUCAACUGACUAAUGACCACACUGACUAAUUUAACGAAAACAGUGAUUCAGGUCGAAGUGUUUAUAUUUCUCACGAACAAAAUCCGUGAGGUGAUAAUGGAACAAAAACAUGUGUUGGUUUAAUUAUUAUGUACUUUAUAAAAUUGAAAUAUUCUUAAAUCCUGAACAUUGUUACGACUCUUUAUUGUAUUUAUAUCAAUAAGACUAAAGGCACAAACAUUUUUGUCUGACCCGAUGCAACGCGGUGCAAUGCAGCCCGAUGCCACGAAUAUAGUUGUUCCAUUUUAUCUUUGCCCAUGCGCCAUGAUUCAUUUUCAAGUAAAUUAAAUCAAAACAUAAAGUGAAACGUACGUCGAUGUGUAUAGCAUAUUAGUAUACAGUAUACACAAUGUACAUAUAUACACAUCGACGUACCUUUCACUUUAUGUUUUGACUUAAUUUGUUUGAAAAUUAAUCGUGACGCAUGGGCAAAGAUAAAAUGGAACAACUAUAUCUGGCAUACAGUUUUACAUGUAUGUAAGUGGUUAUAGUACGGGAUCCGAAUAGGAGGUAGAAAUGUAUCCAUAUGCUUGCCGGAUGAAACAUUUUUUUUUUAUUAAAUUUCAUACAUAGACAAACACGACCAGCAUAGGUUGCCUAUCAAAAUCGUGUCAUAGCCCUUAAGGGGGGGCGGUAGGGGUUGAAAUCAAUAUUUCAAGCACAUUUUUUAUUUGGUAGUUUAAAGAUCUCUUUUGGUUCAAUCCUCAGUUGGCCAGCGAAUUCUUUUCUCAUAUAACUUAACACAUUGCAAGGACAUAUGAUGUGUAGGGCAGUAUCUUUUCCAAUUUCGCAUUUUCUUCCCCAUGGCUUAUGCAUCUUACCUAUGGUGUAUAUGUGUUUUCUUAAACAACAAUGUUCAAUCACCGUUUCGGUGGUGAUCGUUUUGAUCUCUCAUUUAUUGAGGUUCAUCAAAUUGUUCGAGAGUUUUUUAAUAAUAUUCUUGAUUAUUUUCUUUUGAAUUUGUCCUUGAGUGGCAACUCUUUUAAUGAUUCCUUCUCAGCCACUUCUGAACCUUGUUCCUUGCAGCAUUUUUGCUGAAGCCACACAACGGUUCUGAAUCUACAAAGGUUUCUCGAGCCUUGUUUUGCCAAUAAAUCUUUUCUUUCAUUCCCAUGCACUCCUUCAUGACGUGGCAUCCAUAUUGAACACACUUUAUUUUUUGCCAGAUUGUUGAGAAUAUCUUUGCAGAUCCUCAACAGUUUUUUUGAUUUGGUGAGAGAGUUCUUUACAACCAGAUUAGCAGCAUAACUAUAUGUAUAAAUGUUGAUUCUCUUUGCUUUGGCGCCAGCAUUCAGUAAUUCGUCAAUACAGGCCACCAAAACUAAAACUUCAACCUGGAACACAGUUGCCACACAGUUGUUACACAGAUGUCCUAUUUUCCUAAGAAAUAAAAGUACUAAGCUGUUACAAUAGGUUUGUUCCAGCAUGAACUUUUGGACGGCCCAAAAACCGUCACGAAACUACUUGUACCGUUUGUUGUGCGCAUGUUCGUAAUUGUAUCGCCCAGUUAUCGUCCCAUGACGGUAAUCAUAUAUUUGUCAUUUUUGUUGGUGACAGCUUGUGUGCUUUUAGUCGAUCAAAGGCUCAAAAAAUUUAAAGAAUUAAAUCCUAGUGCUCAAGUCAGUCCAACCAGCACAUUAUGCAUUUGCCCGAUUACUGAAAUGAUCAUCACGAAACCGUCACCGAAAGAUCACAAUUCUUGUUGGAACAGUGGGAAGGACGAUCCGAUGACGAUCAUAUUUUUGUUGGAACGGAUUUUCUUUACUGCGCAGGAUCGUUACCGUUUCCUGACGGUUCUCGGUCGUGUUGGAACAAACCUAAUAUAAACAGUUGGUGUACAAUGUUUGUUUUUCCUGAUUAGUCUUCGAAAGAUUUUAAAACAAUGGUAUUUUUAUUAAGAUCUUGUAGAAAAAUUAAUGUAAUUGUUAUUGUAGACUUGAGAACAUCAUGCUGAUAUUUUAAGACCUGUAACUGUGUAAGUCUCUAACUAAAUACACAAGAUUAAAAACUCUGGAUAACAAUACCGAAAUAAAGUAUUUCUGUAUUAUUUUGCUUUGUAAUAAAAUAUCAGUAAUGUUUUAUAUACUCUUUUAUACAUAAUGUAAUUUUUAAAUAUUUCUUAAUAAAUAUUUAAAAUAAGAA